CCAUUCACAUCUGCAAUUCCCCACCUCCCAGCGAAACACCUCCCGCUCCCUCUCCCACCUCCGAAGCAGCAGCAGCAGCCAUGGCCCCCAAGGCAGACAAGAAGCCGGCCGCCGAGAGCAAGGUCGAGAAGGCGGCGGAGAAGACCCCGGCGGGCAAGAAGCCCAAGGCCGAGAAGCGGCUUCCGGCGGGCAAGACGGCGGCCAAGGAGGGCGCCGGCGGCGAGGGCAAGACGAGGGGCCGCAAGAAGGGCAGCAAGGCGAAGAAGGGCGUGGAGACGUACAAGAUCUACAUCUUCAAGGUGCUGAAGCAGGUGCACCCGGACAUCGGCAUCUCCUCCAAGGCCAUGUCCAUCAUGAACUCCUUCAUCAACGACAUCUUCGAGAAGCUCGCCGGGGAGUCGGCCAAGCUGGCGAGGUACAACAAGAAGCCCACCAUCACCUCCCGGGAGAUCCAGACCUCCGUCCGCCUCGUCCUCCCCGGCGAGCUCGCCAAGCACGCCGUCUCCGAGGGCACCAAGGCCGUCACCAAGUUCACCUCCUCCUAGGCAGAAUCUGAACGCGUCGCCCUUGUUGUUCCAAAUGUUAGUAGUUGGCUGCUGCUGACUCUGCUUAUCUCUCUGCAAGUAGUGGUAGUACCGUAGUAGUAGUGCGAGUGCUAGAUGAUUGCCAACGCUUUGUUGGAUCCUUGGUUGUUGCUUUUGCAAGCUGUUAUCUAUCUAGAAAAUGUUGCAGUCGUGGUUCUA